GUUUGACAAGAGCCUUCUUCCUUCCUCGUGUCUCCUUUAACAGUCAAAUGAUUCUUCUUCUGAAAAAAGCAGAAAUCCGAUUCAUCGAAGCACCUAUAUAGAAAGAAAAGCCAUGAAAGGCGGAAAAAAGAAGUUUACUGGAGCAGCAGCAGGAUCAACACUCGCUAUGACGGAAACUUCAUCACAGUUGGAAAUAACGCCAUCGGAGUCGGACAAGGAGAUUCAAGCAGGUGAUGAUGAUGAAAUGGCCGCGUCUACUAUGAGUAAGAGAGAUCUUCAGAACGGAAAAGAAGACGACGAUGAGGAUGAAGAAGAAGAAGAAGAUGGAGGUAAGAGUUUUGAGAAUCAUGAAGACUGUGAAAUCGAAGAAGGAGAGCGCCCCAAGUUAGCUGAAGGAUUUUUUGAGAUCGAAUCCGUAAGGAAGAAAAGGAUUAGAAAGGGUGAAGCUCAAUAUCUCAUCAAAUGGCGUGGAUGGCCUGAGACAGCCAAUACUUGGGAGCCACUUGAGAAUCUAUUAGCAUGUUCAGAUAUCAUUGAUGCCUUUGAAGAAGACAGCUUGCAAUCUGGAAAGCCUAAAUCUACAAGAGGACGUAAACGCAAGUAUAAGCCAGUAACUCCCAGUCAACCCAUGAAGAAACAGAGGAUUUCCUCAGCAGCUUUAAAUGUUAGAGUGUUUGUAGAGCCAGUUCCCAUGGCUAAUUUGAAUGUUAACAGAAAAGUUGAGGAAUCUAAGGAGAAAAAUGAAUUGAAUUUAAAGCUUAGUCAACUAAGGAGUGAAUGUGAUGUAGAGGUUCAAACGAAUGAUCAAGAAACCUAUGUGUCUGAGAAGAUGAAGGGUUCUGCAUUAGGGUUUCCAAAAGUUGUUGACAAUUCUGAGCAAUGUCAAUCUGGUCGUUUUACUGGAGCUAAAAGAAGGAAAUCGGGUUCGGUUAAGAGGUUUAAACAAGAGAUAGCAUCGUCAAGUGUACCAAAUGACGAGAUGAAUAAAACAAUCAGAGACUCUAAUGGUGGUUCCUGUAGUAGAUCUGGAUGGCAAGAUACUACUACUAUCAAUCCAGAUUUUGCUAAGAGUUUGCUUGACAACAACUCUAAUGCUCUUGCCACCAUAACUAAGAUCAUCAGGCCUAUAAGCUAUUCGUCGACAGCGAUAAACAAUGUUAAUGACAUUUCGCUGACUUUCAUGGCUUUGAGGUCUGACGGUAAAGAAGUUGUCGUUGAUAAUAGAUUUCUCAAAGCAAAUAACCCACUUCUGUUGAUCAGUUUUUAUGAACAACAUCUCCGGUACACCCAAAUCCCUUGACAGGCAGGAACAGGAUUCAAGUCGUGAUCUGAGAUGCAGCCUGGACCAAACAUAGUAAGCUUGUUGUAUAUUUUGUGGACCAAACAUAGUAAGCUUGUUGUAUGUUUAAGGGGCGGUUUAUUUCCCUAUAUGAAGUUUUAACUGAUUUGUAUAGCAAUUGUCUCUUUCUUUUUUCUCGGACACCCUAGAUCCUUAAUGUUUACCUCGUGUGUAUAAGUAAUAUUGGUCCAGCAUAAUCGAGAUUGUUAGUGUUGUUCAUUCUCCAAAGUGAAUGUAAUGAAAAUCUUAAUUUUCUUUUGGGGAUCA